GUAACAUUCAGUAUCCGUAUUCAAUAUUGCAUCAGCCAGAGAAGAUAGAAACAAGAACAGUUGUACCCACCAUAUUAUAGAUUUAUAGCAUAGACUAUUUAUUUGAGCGCAGCAGUUUGAUUAGAAACAUUGUUGGAAAAUAACGAAGAAAAAUUGUUAGAGUGAUAAAUAUAUAUGCCUACCUAGUGGUAUUGUAUGAAUUCACACACGUAAUAUACAGUUGGUAUAGUAAUAAUGACUACUGUGACCUCAAUUUUGAAAUAUCUAGAAAUGAAUAGUCAAGAUUACAGUAUGGAUCAAAAUAUGGAUAUGCACCCUCGACCUAAAAAAAGACGACUCGACCACUUGACGUGGGAAGAAAAAAUGCAAAGAAAGAAACUGAAGAACCGAGUGGCAGCCCAAACGUCCCGAGACCGCAAGAAAGCCAAAAUGGAGCAGAUGGAACACGCUCUGCAACAGCUCUUCUCCAAAAACGAGUCUGUCCAGGCAGAGUGCGAAGCCCUCAAGGCGACCAAUCAGCGUCUAGUCCAAGAAAACGUAGACCUGCUGGCAAGGCUGCAAAGUCCUUGCGAGAAGUGCCUUCAGAAUGACAAGCAGAGUCGCGCUUCUGCUGAAGAUCGCUCUGAGCUGCCUUCUCUACAGGACCUACUCGACGAAUUGGACGUCGACGUCGACAUCGACUCCUUGGAGCAACUCGCCCAUGGCCUACUUCAGAACGUCGCCAAGGAUUUGGAAGAAGCUGCCCAAGAAGCGGAUCGGCAAGCAUCUUCCGAUUUCGGACAAAUGGUGGGGCAGACACCAGCAAAGCUGGAACCCCAUGGGCAUGCCCUGCUAAACAAAGAAGAAGAAGAAGGAGAAUCCUCGGAAACUGACUUUUCCGAGUACCUACUGCUCCACCACAACUAUGCAGCCAAACCACCGGCUAGCCCCAAAAAGCACAAAAAAACCAAGAAAUUCAAGCCAAUCAGACCUAAAACCAACAUCUCCGAUACAAAAAACAUCGUUACUAUUUACGUGAAUGACAACACAGCAUGCGUGGAAACGACACCUGAUGUCAACUGUCGCUUGUCAGAACCACAGAACGUGAAGAUAUGCGAGGCAACGUCAUCUGUCACUUGUUGCUCUCCUAAGCCACAAAACGCGAUGAUAUGCGAGUCAACGUCAUCUGUCACUUGUUGCUCGCCUGCGCCACAGAACGCGAUGAUAUGCGAGGAUACGUCACCUAUCAACUGUCACCUGACAGUGCCACAAAACGUGAUCUGUCUUUCGCCCAUGUCUUGUUCGAGUUCGGACCAUGGAUACGAAUCGAUCGGUUCUCCUAGCAGCAUCGAGGAGGAUAUUUGGGAUGAGAGUAUAUCGGAGUUGUUUCCGUCUUUGAUCUGACCUGUUGAUUCAGUUCCGGAUUAGUUUCAUUUCUUUCAUUUGUUUUCAUCGCAAGAACUCGCUGCUAUACAGAGUGUUUUUGAAGUAUUCGGAAACAUUUUAAGGGGCGAUUUUUCGAGUUAUUCGGAGAUGAAAAGUACAUAUACCCAGAUCUGUAAAUGCACAUAGAGCUUUUGAGAUACAAGGUUGUGAAAGAUUAAACAAUGAAACGAUUUUCUUCAACUUAUUAUGGCCUGAUCAGUAGUUCAAUACAACAAAAUAGAGUAAGUAUACAGGGUGAUCCACGGUGGAUAGCCUAUUAGAAGUAUCUGGGGAACGAAAUGACAGAACAUUCUGAAAAUUGAGAUACUUUGAUAAUUGAACAUUCUCUAUCAGUCUAAAUUAUUUUCAUCGAUACAGUGUUGCCACUUUCAUUAGAAACAACUAGCAACUUUGUUAUUUCAAAUGGAACACCCUGUAUUUUAUUGCAUUUUUAAAUUCUUCCUGAAAAGCUGAUUGCAUCAAUGUAUCACACUUGCGGUCUAGCAGAAAUGAUUACAGAGAUAUAGGGUGUUCAAAAUCGAGAUUUUUCAAUUUUAGGAUUUUUUUGUGUCGAAACUAUUCAUUAUCGAUCAAAAUGGCUUACAUGUCCCUAUCUUAACUUUCGAUUCACUAUCUACUGGAAUUUAGUUGGAAAAAAUACAGAGUGCUUCAAGAUUUUGAAUUCUGAUCACCCUGUAUCUGUUCCAAAUAAAUGUCAGUAGAUAUUAAAUCGAAAGUUAAGACAAGGACAUGUAAGCCGUUUUGAUCGAUAAUGAAUUGUUUCGACACAAAAAAUCCUAAAAUUGAAAAAUCUCGAUUUUGAACACCCUAUAUCUCUGUAAUCAUUCCUGCUAGACCCCAAGUGUGAUACAUCGAUGGAAUCAGCUCUUCAGGAAAAAUCUAAAAUUGCAAUAAAAUACAGGGUGCUCCAUUUAAAAUAACGAAGUUGUUAGUUGUUUCUGAUAGAAGUGGCAACACUGUAUCGAUGAAAAUACUUUAGAGGGAUAGAAAAUGGUCAAUCAUGAGAGCAUCCCAAUUUUCAGAAUGUUCUGUGUUUUCGUUCUUCAGAUACUUCUAAUAGGCCAUCCACCGUGGAUCACCCUGUAUAUAGGUACCUAUAUACCUAUAGGAUUUUUCAAGCAAAAAAACAACGUUUUUCAAGAUGUUCGACAUCCAGUAUUUUGAAAACUGCAUUUUUGGACCUAUAUUAUGUUUAUAUGUACUUUUCAUCUCAGAAUCGCUCAGAAGUUCUUCCUCUCAAGUUUGUUUUGAAUUCUCAAUAAACACCCUGUAUUAUCAAUCUCAUGAAUACUGUAGGAUUUUUGCACUAGUUUUUCUGAUGAAUGGCAGAAAAUCGAAAGAAUCAAUACUUGCAUUCUGAAUGUACUAAUUCGAACAAUAGAUAUAUACCAUAUAAAUAUAUACCGUGUGUCACGUUGAGAGGACCUUCCAACUCUGGAAAUUUUUAAUUUUUGAUCGAUUGAUAAUUUUUUGGUUAGAAUGCUUGCAGAAUUCAACAAAAAAGAAAGAUUAUAUGUAUCAGGGUUGAUUGGUGUCGAUAAUGUUUGACAUGCACCCUGUAGAAAGAGAUUAAUUUAUUCUUAUUUUUGUAUCUAAAUAUUUAGGUUUAAGUUUUUACAGUUUUUGUGGCGCUGUUUAUAGUUGUGUAAUAAAGUGGACGUAGAAGUCGAAAAAAAAAU